CUCCACGCCGUGCAGAUGGCCGCCGGCUUCUGGCCGCUCGGCUACACCGGCUGCGCCGUGUGGCUGAUCACGGACGGAGUGUUCACGAGCGCGACCAUCUACAUCGUCUUCACGAUCUCCGUCGAUCGGGUGAUGUCGGUGACGCGGCCGCUCCACUACCGCACCGCCGUCACGAAAGCCACCGUCGCCGUCGUCGUCGUGCCGUGGUUGCUGGCGGCCGGCUUCCCGGUGCCCGUCUACGCCGGCGAGCAGAUACCGGAGUACACGUGCCGCGCCGACUGGGUGAACCACCAGGCCGCGCUGCAGGUGUAUACGAUCGUGCUCUUCUACGCGCCACUGAUCGUCAUCACUAUCUGCUGCGCGCGCAUCGCUGCCGCCGUGCUGAGCAGGAGCAAGAUGAAGCCCGGCGGCGCUACGGUGGCGCCAUCCGACGUCGACAACGGCACCGUCAGCGGCGUCGGAGUCUUCGUCGUUUCGACGACGCAUGCUGGCCAGGCGGCGACCGGCCCCGGGGUUUCCUCCGUGGCUUCCUCCGUGACAGAGGGGGAGCGGGAGAGGAGCCGGAAGGCGGCGAAGGCGCUGCGGCGCGAGCAGGUCGUAGCAAUGACGAUGUGUCUCAUCGUCUUCUCGUUCAUCUGCUGCUGGUGUCCGUGGAGCUUCUAUCUGGCGAUGAUCAGCUACAAUCCGGCUUUUUUCUCGCAGGCGAUAUUCAACUUCGUCUGGGCGAUGCCCUAUCACAAUUCGCUGCUCGAUCCGAUUCUGUACAACGUGACGAACGCCGAGUUUCGGAAGAAAUUCAUCAAGCUGGUUUGCUUUUGGAAGUGAUGACCCGAAAUCGACAAGGGCAAGGCAGCGUCGAUGUUUGUGGACAAGAAUAGCGCCCUCGUGCCCAGCAUAUUGUGAGCCAUGCACUGACUGAACGCCGCUUAUCACAACGCG